AUGACGGAGAUCCCGAUGAUCGACCUGCGGCUGGCGUCGCCGGAGGAGGCCGCGCGGCUGCGGGACGCGGCCCGGCGCCUGGGCUGCUUCCGGGUGACCGGCCACGGCGUGCCGCGCGCGCUCCAGGGCGACAUGAAGGCCGCCGUGCGCGCCCUCUUCGACCUCCCCGACGACGCCAAGCGCCGCAACGCCGACGUCAUCUCCGGCAGCGGCUACGUCGCGCCCAGCGAGACCAACCCGCUGUACGAGGCGUUCGGGCUCUACGACGCCGCGUCCACCGCCGCCGUCGACGCCUUCUGCGCUUCCCUCGACGCGCCACCGCACAUCAGUGAGACCAUUAGGAGGUACGCCGAGAAGACGCACGAGCUGCUCAUGGACGUCGCGGCGAAGCUGGCCGCGAGCCUGGGCCUGGAGGAGGCGGACCGCUCGUUCCAGGACUGGCCGUGCCAGUUCCGCAUCAACAGGUACAACUACACGCCGGACGCCGUGGGGAAGGCCGGCGUGCAGGUCCACACGGACUCGGGCUUCCUCACCGUGCUCCACGAGGACGACUGCGUCGGCGGCCUCGAGGUGGCCGACCCGGACACCGGCGAGUUCGCGCCCGUGGAUCCCCUCCCGGGCACCUUCCUCGUCAACCUCGGAGACGUCGCCACGGCGUGGAGCAACGGGGAGCUCCACAACGUGAGGCACCGCGUGCAGUGCGUGGCGGCGGUGCCGCGCGUUUCCAUCGCGCUCUUCUUGCUGGCGCCCAAGGACGACGUGGUGCGCGCGCCGGUCGCGUUCGUCACCGCCGGGCGGCACCGCCGGUUCAGGACUUUCGGCUACGACGACUACCGCCGGCUUCGGCAGUCCACAGGGGAGCAUGCUGGCGAGGCCCUGGCGCGGUUGGCCGCGUGAUACUUCCAGCUAGCUGUUCCUU